GAAGCUUACUGCUCCGAUGAAAAAGCCAACUGUUCAGCCUGUCGCUCGCGUUGUUUCUGCCCUUCCUUCUCCCCUUGUUGCUCCCUCAUCCACCACCGCUGUUCCUCCUACUGGAAAGUACAACACCCGCCGUGCCGCUGCACACCAAGCCUCUGCAUCUACUGUUGUUCCAGCAUCAAAGGGCUCUGCAAACGUCAAGUUACAGUUAGCGUCCACCCGCGUCGGAGUCGCAUCAAGACUACGAUUUGCUGCAUCCCAGCCCGCUCCUGCGGAAACGAUCGAUCUCCGCUGUGCAGGUUGCAAGCAUCUUUUCUCAACCCGUGCCGGGCUUAAGCGACAUAAGGAAGGUGGGCGGGCGAAGGAGGCCUGUCGCGCUUGAAAAUUCGCGCAACUGUUCUGCCACUCUGCUUAAUAUUCAGGAGGUCGAUGCUCGAUUGGAGACAUCGAUUUACGUCCUGCGGGAAACCAU